UCGACUGCGCAAGCGUGUCCUCUAAUUUUGCUUUUCCCUCUUCAGAGCUUCUUCUUCGAAUUUCAAAACCCACUGGUGCCAUCACCACAGUGACACUCCUUCUCUCUCUCUCUCUCUCUCUCUCUCUCUAGUCUAGAUAAAUAAAUGACAAUUACAUUCCAACACAAUUAACCCAUCAACCAAUCAGAUUAAGGUAUAAAGGAUUACAGAUAGAUACAGCAGUAAAUGGUAUGGUCUAGGAAGAAGGAAGGUAUAAGUGAAAGUGAAGUAGUAGCACUGGGGCUCCUGCAGAGAGUGACGAUUGCAAUAAUGGGCUGUUUUUUUGGAUGUUUACGUAUCAAAGAUUCCCAACCUCAUCUUGUCUCACGCCCUACUACUGAGCCAGUGGUGACAACCCGCAACCGGAAUGCUCUGUCAUCUCUAUUCCUUUCUGAUGAUGAUUCACGUCAAGAGGCUGAGAAAAUUCGGAAAUUGGAUAAUUCUCAGCUUGAAGAACUUGAUUUCAGAGAGCUCAAGGAGGAGGCUAAGUUCCUCAAAGCUUGUGGAACUCUGCCUGAGACUCCUGCUGAAAUUCGAAAAGCCUCAGAGAAAUGGAACGAUGCAUCAGCUAAAGAUGCAGAUGCAACACCUAUGAAAUUCAAUUCUUGGCUCUCUAAUGCAUCCAUUGAGAAACUCAACUUAGAGAAUCAACCUAAUGAACCUCCUACACCUGGCAAAAUUUGUGAAGAACAGAGAAUGGAAUCAAGUUCAUUGGUGGAAACUCCGAGCAGCUGCAUGACUGAUGGAAUGAUAACGAGACAAGGUUAUACCAAUUCCACUUCAGGUGGUAGCAUUCAGAAUGUUAUCACAACCCCAGACGUACAUGCUAAUGUCACUCAUAGUUUCACAUCUUCAUCUGUUCUAUCAAUGGAUAUGGCACCAAGUGUACAAUUCAAAAACAAAUCUGUUCAUUUUGAAUGUGAGUCUGAUAUGCGUUCAUUUCAAUCCAAAGGCUCUUCAUCUGACAUUUCCAUUCAAAACUUGAAGCAAUCUGGAUGUGCUGGUAAUUAUAAUAAAUCAACGCUGUUACCAUUUCCAACCCCAUUAAAACUAACUGAUGAGAUGCAAACACCGGGCACUGUUUUCCCUGGAUAUCUUGACAAUAUGGUGGAUGGAAAAACUGCUAAAAUCAGAUCUCAGUACGUUUACUCUGUCUUGAAGCCAGUGGAGAAUUCCACCCAGUGGAAGGUAUUGAAGGAUGAAAAUUCUGAUCCUCAUCACCUAAGAGAAUCUCUUCAGCAUGUCGAUGAAGGAACCCCAACAUCAGAAAUGGAGAUGAAAGAACUUUCAGCAAGAAAAGAUAUGAAGGUUGAAGGAAGCUUGUCUUCUUGGUUGAAACCUCCUUCAGCAAAUCAAGAUGACAAUAAUCAACGGUCUGGUUCCAUAUCUGGUGAUAAUAUUCAUUGUGGGAGAACUCCAAGUGAUAGGCCUAUCCUUGGAAUGGUUGCAGCUCACUGGAAUGAUGAUGAAAAUUCUCGUAUUUCACCUAAAUGGUGGGAUGGAAAUGGAAUUCCAAAUUCAACCAAUAAGUAUAAAGAGGAUCAGAAAGUUAAUUGGCAUGCAACACCAUUUGAGGAGAGGCUAGAGAAGGCACUGUGUGAAGAAACUUUUCUCUCUCAGACGAAGCAAAUCAGUGGGACUCCUUCAAUUGAAUUUAAUGAAACCGAAGAAUCCGAUACUGCUCUAUCACAGUUGCAGCAGUCUUCAGCACAUUUUAAAUCUGUCGUUUCAUUCUAAUGAAGGCGUGAAGCAUUGUAAUAUGUAUUAUGUGUUCUCAAACAUUUACUGCAUGUUGGAAUUCUUAUUUCUUGUGUCGUGAACUAUUAGAUAAUUUGGUUACAGCAAAUUUCUGUAAACUCGAGCUAUAAUGGUUGUUGCCCUGGUAGCUUCCUGCUGCAUGGCGAUGUUCAUUUUGUGUUUGCAAUGAACAUGGAGAAAUCUUUAUACAGUGUUUGAUUCUUCUAAA